AGCCGGAAGUCCCUGGCGUUUCCGGUGGCUAGCGGAGGACCAAGCCAUGGCCAAGCAUCACCCUGACUUGAUCUUUUGCCGCAAGCAGGCUGGUGUCGCCAUCGGAAGACUGUGUGAGAAAUGUGACGGCAAGUGUGUGAUCUGUGACUCCUACGUGCGGCCCUGCACGCUGGUCCGGAUCUGUGACGAGUGCAACUAUGGCUCGUACCAGGGGCGCUGUGUGAUCUGCGGAGGACCUGGCGUGUCAGACGCCUACUACUGCAAGGAGUGCACCAUCCAGGAGAAGGACAGAGAUGGCUGCCCCAAGAUUGUCAACUUGGGGAGCUCUAAAACAGAUCUCUUCUAUGAACGCAAAAAGUACGGCUUUAAGAAGAGGUGAUUGGUGGGUGGCUCCUUCCUGCUCCCGCAAAGCUGCUGCCGCCACCAGGAAACCACAGGCUCCUGCAGCAGCAGGGAGCACCGCCCCAGCCCCCAGUGCUGCCUGCUGGGGUGCUGGCCCCUCGCCCCCUCCUCGCCCUCUCCUGGGGGCUGGGAGAGAGGGCGGGGCUCCUCCCAGCAUCCUGGCAGGCUCUGUUCUCGCUGCUGCAUUGCAUCUGCAGCAGGAGCGUCUGCGUAGGCACUGUCCAGCACCCAUGAGGUGGGGGCAGCCCUGCAGGCAGCUGUGCCGUGGACCCCCUCAGCAGUGGCCCAAGCUCUCAAAACAAUGAAUGUGGACGUUUGGGCUCGGGUGCCUGCCAGGUGGUGCUGGCUUCCUAUUAGUUUUCUUGUGAGAAAUUGGAAACCCUUCCCUUUGCUGUUAUGUUAAUAAAGUUGGUGUUUAUUUUCCGGUA